AUGCUCUUUGAUACGCAGUUACAGUCUGGUUCCUCAUGCAAAGGCACAAAGACAGAAAUCACAGCUAUAUUGGACACCUCGGCAGACCUGAUACUUCUACCUGCACUUCAAACUUCAGUGGUUACACUGGUCAAUAAUGGAUACCAAGACAUUGUAUUUGCAAUAAAUCCCAGUGUCCAAUAUAACGACAAGCUUAUUGAAAGCAUUCAGGAAAUGGUGACUGAAGCCUCGAACUACCUCUACCAAGCGACGAAAUAUCAACUUUACUUCUCAGAUGUAAAAAUCCUGCUGCCUGCUUCCUGGGCACUGAAUUCGAGCCUGGUUCAAAGUCGAACUCAUGAAUCAUACGAGAAGGCUGAUGUGAUCAUUGCUGAAUCAUACCUUAAACAUGGAGAUGCACCGUACACCCUGCAAUGUGGCGAGAUGGGUCGGUACAUUCAUUUCACCCCAAAGUUCAUUCUAAACGAUAAAAUGACCUCGGUUUAUGGUCCAAAAGGUAGAGUAUUGGUUCAUGAAUGGGCUCGUUUUCGCUGGGGUGUAUUUAAUGAACAUAAUGAUCUGAUUCCAUUUUACAAAUCCAGCAAUAGAACUUCUGAAGCAACAAGAUGUUCUCUCAGCAUAAGGGGAAUGACUGCUGAAUGUAAUGGCAGUUUGUGUUCCUUGUGUACCAUUGAUAAAAGCACAGGAUUACCUAACAAGGAAUGUCAGUUUUUCCCUGAGAAAAAUCAGAUGUCAUCAUCUUCAAUUAUGUACUUACAGGGAUUACCGAAUGUGGAUAAAUUCUGUGAUAACACCACUCACAAUCCUGAAGCACCAAACAUGCAGAACAAAAUGUGCAAUUAUAAGAGCACUUGGGACGUGAUCAGCAAGUCGGAAGAUUUUCAAAACAUUUCUUCACCCCACAAUGGUUCAGUUAAACCAAAUUUCACACUUCUGCAAGCCAAAAACCGCGUGCUUUGCUUAGUUCUUGACGUCUCAGGAAGCAUGUCAUCGUGGAAUCGCAUUGACAGGCUCCGACAAGCAGCCGAGAUAUUCUUGCAGCAGAUUGUUGAGACAGGAUCACAAGCUGCAAUUGUCACUUUCAGUUACUAUGCGAGCAUUCAAACACAUUUAAAAAUGAUUGUUAGUGAUAUCACGAGAGAGGAACUUGUAAAGCUGUUACCGGCAAGAGCUUAUGGAGGAACGAGCAUUUGUGCAGGAAUUCGGUCUGGCUUUGAGGUACUUCGUGGAGAUGACAAUGCUACGAAGGGGGAUGAAAUCAUUUUACUGACAGAUGGAAUAGAUCAACAAAUAAGCAGUUGCUUCCAAGAAGUAGAAGAAAGUGGAUCUGUAAUCCACACUAUUGCGUUAGGGCCAACCGCAGCUAAAGAAUUAGAAGAGCUCUCAGCUAUGACAGGAGGCUUACAGUUUGCAGCAACUGAUAACCUGGACACCAGUGGAUUAAUUGAUUCUUUCACGGGAUUAGUAUCUGAGAAUGGUGACAGCAGCCAACAGACAAUCCAGCUUGAAAAUGCAGGAACAAACAUUGACAAUAACACUUGGUUGAAUGGUACUGUCAUUAUCGAUAAGUCUAUUGGCAAUGACACAACCUUUGUGGUUACCUGGGAGGCGCAGACUCCUGAUGUAUUUGUGUAUGACCCGAAUGGAAAGAUAUACAAUAACGAUGACUUUAAAAUUAAUCAGACUGUGCACAUAGCUCGACUUAAGAUUAAGGGCACAGCACAGACUGGACCCUGGAUCUACAGCAUUCUGAAUCUUGGAGGUGACCAGGUUAUAACAGUCACAGUAACAUCCCGAGCAGCAGAUGCAAACAUUCCUCCAAUCAAAGUUACCGUGCAUAUCAGCAGAAAAGAUUCCACAAGCCCAAUGAUUAUUUAUGUGGAAGUUAAUCAUGGAUUUCUACCAGUCCUGUAUGCAAAUGUAACAGCUAUUAUUGAACGUCCUAGUGGCCCUCCAGUUGGACUGCAGCUUUCUGAUGAUGGCUUAGGCGCUGAUAUUGCCAGAAAUGAUGGGAUUUAUUCAAAGUAUUUCCUCAGCUUAAAUGGAACGGGAAGAUACAGCGCUAAGGUGCGUGUGCAGGGAAGCGAAGGCACUACAAGGAUAACAUUCACAACAGAGGGACAAGCCAUGCCAAUACCGGGAUACUCGGAAAACGCAUCUCGUUACGAGAUGAGAAUGAGUAAAAACCUGCUGCAGCUAAGGGACUACUUCUCCAAAGCUUCAUUGGUUAAUCUGACUGGCAUGCAUCCUCAACCGUUCGGCACCAGGGAAGUGGUGCGAAUUACUCUUGAGAAUCAAUACAUCCAAAAUGGUACAACAAUCUACUUUGCUGUGCGUGUAUAUGACGAAGGCAAUCAGUCAUCAGAAGUGUCAAAUAUAGCCAGGGUAUCUUUCUUUGUGCCAAAAGUGGAACCUAUAGUGGAACCUAUAGUGGAACCUAUAGUGGAACCAAAUGAUGAUUAUACACCGCAAAAGGCUUGGAUUGCAGCAGUUGUCUAUUUAGUGAUGAAGGCACUUGGAGGGAAGAACAGCUACAUUACUGACUGGAUUACUGCAUUUCGUACUGACAAUGGCAAUUAA